AUGGCUCAAGUGAUAUGGAAUUCAGACAUUGACGUAUAUAAUCCAGAUGUGAUAGCGAUUCCUGUCGCACAAGGAAUUGUUAAAUACCUUGCCAUUGCUGAUUUAUUGGUCUUCUCGAGGGUAUCAAAAAAUGCAUACAAAACUGUGAACGACCCUCAGAUUUGGAUCUCUAUGCUAAAGGAAAUAGGACUAUGGCGAAAGGAGGGGACUAAUGAAACCAAAGACAUCAACUCUUUGAAACUCAAUGCACUCAACUGUAUGGACCAGGCAUGUCUGACCCCCGCUCGUGCCAAAAAAAUAGUUUUGGGUAUCCACAAAAGUUUGGAAAAGUUCUACGUGGACCUACUUUCUAAUAAAUCUUAUGAUAAGCUUAAAAUCUUUCAAGAGUUUCAAAGUCCAGAAGAACAAUGCAAAAUCUUGAACAAUUUGAUGCAAUAUAGUCAUCUCGAUAAGAACGACGAAACAAGAUUCACAAUACAAGAGAAGCUUGGUUCCUUGUUUGAGAUUUUCGAAAAUGCCUUGCUUCGAGAACUUGAUAUACAUUUUGAUCUUGAGGAUUAUUCCACUAUGAAGAGGUUCGUCAACGUGAUAAUUGAAUUGAAUAAUCACCAAACAUUGAUUGACUUUUUCAUGCAGAAGAGCAUUUUUGAUAACCAUGACAAUGUUUUUGGUCUAUUAGAAUAUUUCAACCCUGAAGAAUUCUUCACGAAUAAAACUGUAGGUGAAGAAUUGGAAUACGAAUUAAAUUCAUCAAGAUUCAAUGAAUUGAUGAACCAAUUGAUUACAAUGUUCAACUAUGAAUCAAGGACAAUUGAUCUCAUUUUCCCCAAAACUGUACCUAUGAUGUACAAAGUUAGCGAAGAACUAAUUUUGAAUCAGUUAGCGGACAUUUUCAACAGGUUGAUAGAGGCUUCCAAGGGCAAAAAGCUAUACUUGCUGAUAGUUCCUUAUCUAUAUGACAAGAUAGUCAACAGUUUCAUCUCAAAAUUAAAUCAAAGUGAAAAUCUUGGAGGAAACUACCUCAAUUUGAUACAGGAAUUAUUCGACAUGCUGUUUGAGCAAGUAGUUACAGAGUACUCCAGAGAAGAAAUAGUGUCUUUUAAAGGUUUGUCUAACCAGAAAAUUCAAGAAUGGAAAGAAUCCAUUGAGAGAAGAGAAGUAGAAACUAGUCAGAAUAUUCUACGGAAUGUGAAAACAGAAACAAAAAAUGACUUUUUAACAAGUUUCAGAAAAGCUUUUGCCGUCGGGUCAAAUAGAAAUACAGAAGACGAGCAAGUUGAAAACGAAUCAUAUUCGGAGAUUCAAGCCAAAGAGAAAAUUUUGACGGAAAACAUGAAGUCCAUUAAUAAGAUAUUCAGUUUAAAGCUUGCUAUGCAGAUUUUGAAUGACGGAAAGAACUGUCUAAUAAGGAUGUUACAUUUCAAGGAUUUUACUAUUGUGAGUGUUCGCCAGUCUUUGAUGACUUCAGUUCAAGAAAUUUUCAUAUCUGUUCUAGAGCUGAUUGGAAACGAUCACUUAAAACCUGGAUUCGAUAAGGCGUUGGUGUAUUUGAGAACUUACAAGCCCGUGGAAGAUGAUACACAUGCUCCUGAACCAAUCAAGCCAUUGGUUUUGUUUUCUGAUUUGGUGAAUGUUGCCGAUUUGAUAAUGCAGAUGGUUGAAAUUUUUUAUAAAGAGGAAUUGAUAAAUCGCCGUAUUAUCAAGAACGAGAACUCAAUUUUGAACCCAUCUUUGCAAAGAAAGAAAAAGUUAGAAGAAAUGGUUGAUAAUUAUGUCGCCGAUGGACUAAAUAUUGGUAUUGAUGUGUUGAUCGAUGAAAUCGAACAAGCAUAUUCUCCAGUCUUACAAAACAAUAGUUACUGCCCACACAAUGAAACUUCUGUUGAAGUACAGGAUUCUACACCUGCUGCGAGAAGAGUAGUACUGGUUUUGGAUGGUAAUUUUGACCUCUUAGUUGGCUGUGCAGAUAAGUCUGUCAUAGAUGUGUUUCAACAAGAAUUAGCUGAAAGAUUUUUUCAGGUAAUUGUGAAAGUUAUGAAGUCAGCGACUAUUUCAAAUACAGGAGCGGUGACACUCAUAUCAGAUUUGAAUAUCUAUUACGAGUGUAUCCUUAAUCACAUAAAAACGAACAAACGAUUUAUACUUCCCUUGUUUGAAUCACUUAAAAAAGUUGGCAGUAUCUAUCUUAUUGGUGGAAAUGAUUCAAAAGCCAUUGGAAAACUCGUCAGUGAUUUGAGCAAGUUCAAUGGAAUUUUUGGACAAGAGGAAAUCUAUGAAUUCGUUCAAAGACGAGAGGAUUGGCCAUUAAUCAAGAAAGAUGUGGAAAAGAUCAUGUAUGGUUUGAGUUUAGGUGAUUGUGUUAUUGCAUGA